CCGGGCUGUCCUUGUGUCAUGGCGGAGUUCAGGGAAAUGCCGCUGAGCAGCCGCCCCGGGGGUCUGAGUCCCACCGAGUACUUCGGCCUGAGCCCCGAGCAGCGGCGGGCGGAGGAGGAGAGGUUGGCCCUGCGGGCUCAGCUAAAGCGGCGCUACCAGCUGCAACUCAAUCACCCACACAGGAAGGCCCUGGUGGAAGAUCCUGCAUUAAACCGCUGGAUGUUCGCCAGGACCCGAAAUAUUUACCCCAACUUCCGGCCGACCCCCAAAACUUCCCUCCUCGGCCUGGUCUGGGGCGUCGGGCCCCUGAUCUUCUGGUACUACGUCUUCAAAACUGACCGGGAUCGUAAGGAGAAACUUAUCCAGGAGGGCAAACUGGAGAGGCCGUUCCAGCUUUCCUACUGAGGCCCCCGCCGCCAGCGCCGCGCUCUGAUUGGCCAGGACUGUAUAAAGUGAGAGAGAUUUCCCCAAACUAAUAAAUAUAUUAUUAUUAUUCACCCGACGUGCCGCUCGUUACUCCGCCCCUGGGCUCAGCCACAGAUUAAAGGGAAAGUUCACCCUUAGUGUGAAGCAGAGAGUAUUUGUGUCACAGUAUCUGCCUUCUGCUGGGGCUCAUUCAUCAGCACAGGGCAAGGUUACUGCCCACGGGUAAACUUGCCCGGUGUUGAUAAAUGAGUCCCACUGACUCUCACAUUAUUCAAUGAUACCGGGGGAAAGUCUUAAGUUCCCCUUUAAUCUGCAGAUUUGUAUUUCAUAAUCCGGAACUGUUAUGUUCAUAUGGGCUGAACCCCUGUAUUCUGAUCCAAUUGGUUCCCAAACUAUUAAUUGGCCAAAUCUUUAGUGAUGUCCCCAAACCCCCCCAAGUGACUGGCUAGCUUAUGACUGGAAGAAAGGGGAAAUAAACCUUCUGAAAUUAUAAAA